AUGACAUGCAUGCUAAUGUUGCAUUAUAGUAAUAAGAAAAGAAAGUCUAAAAGAAAAGUUUAGGCCAUGGAGAACACAAAAGGUACUGAGAGGGAGAUAGGGACUCUGUCACUAACUGGAAAUUGCCGGUUGCCUGCUGCUGCUGAUGCUUCUUUAUUGUAUUUCUGCAAGGAAGAGAACAUUUGACGAAGCUAACUUCACCCGGUACCUUUAGCAGCACCAGGUUAUGAAUUUUGACGUCUAUGAUCUGAAUUUGUUUAACCUUUUGAUUUGGGUAUGGGUUUUUAGUGUACUAUUGUGUUCAAACUAGUUGGAAUUGAAGUGAUUUGCAACAAACCAAGUUUCAUAGAAUUGUUGUUCUUUUGGAACUAUUUGUGGCUCUCUGUUUGAUUAUUCAUGUUCCUGCAGCUGAAAUUCCGUAUCUAACAUUUCGACAUGAACCUCCUGAAGGGCAAUAUCUCAUACUCAAUUUAGUGGGCAUUUGACCAGCCUCUCAGCUACCUGCGAAUCUAUCUCGCCGAUCUAUGGGAUACUGGUAUUGGGAUGACGAAGGAGGAACUCAUUGACUGCCUUGGUACCAUUGCUCAGAGUGGUACUUCAAAAUUCUUGACGGCUCUGAAGGUCUCUCUCAUAAUGCAUUGUUUUGCAGUCUACUGAAUCUUGUUUUUGUUUAUUGAUGCUUUUGAAUCUGAUCUUUGUGCUUAUAUCUUGUUUGGAAAAUAAGGAUCUUGGUGCAGACAACGGUUUGAUUGGUCAAUUUGGUGUUGGGUUCUAUUAUGCUUUUCUUGUUGCUGACAAGCAGUAGCUCUUAUGUGAUUAGGGUAGAAACUGAUCCAGAAAAUAUCAUUAGCCGUGGGACGCAGAUCAAACUAUAUUUAAGGCCUGAUCACAAGUAUGAGUUCUCAGAGCCUGCCCGGAUCCAGAGUUUGGGGUUGAUGUUAAACAAGGAAGGGUAUGCUUCUAUAGGAGGUGGUUCACCCUUGCGUAAGAUGACAGAUGAGCAGGCAAAUGCACUGAAAAUGGCUUUGGAAUCAAAGGACAUGCCGGUGAAUGUCUAUGUGGGAAUGCGGUACUGGUUCCCGUUCACUGAGGAAGCAGUUCAUCAACUUCGGGACUCAACAAAUACAUGUAACCCUUUAUAUGACUGCAAUUGCUUCCCAGUCCACUUUGGUGCAAAAACCUAUUGUCAAGGUCUUACCAGAAAUGGCCUGGAGGUUAGGCUAUCAGGGUCAGGAGUAACAGGGAGCCCUCCUACAACUGUCACCCACAAUGUUGAAUAUUGAUUGGAGAUGUAGGGUUAUUCUUUACUGCAGUGCGUACUGAUAUCCAAUUUAUGCUACUGAUGGAAAUGUACUUUGGUGGGUUAAUUUAUGCAAUGUACUUUGGUGGGUUAAUUUAUGCAAUGAGGAAUUGAUCUUAUAAUUAAUCUGCCUUUUUGAUGACUACUGUACAGAAACGCGAAGUUUUAUUUUCUAUCAGACAACAUAAAACU